UGCUACAAAUAUUGGAUGCCACGCUUACCUGACAGGCUUCUUCCAUCCCACCUGGGCGCGGGGGCUCUGAGCGAGAGCGCGAACCGUGGCUGGAGCCCGCCUCUCGCGGCCGGAGCGGGUUCGGCGGACCGCGGGUUCCCCUGCUGGCCCCAGUGCGGGGGCCGCUUUGCUGCCGGCGCUCCCGCAGUCAGCCCCCCGCGCGCACGCGCGCUCCCCCUGGGGCGGCCCGGGCGCCUCCAGUCUUCGGCUGGGCUGCGACUGGACAGCUCCGGCGGGCGGGGCGGGGCGGCUAGGGAGUUGCUCCGCGACCACGUGACCGGCACUAACAUGGCGGCGCCCAGCGGCGUCCACCUGCUCGUCCGCAGAGGUUAUCAUAGAAUUCUGUCUUCACCACUCAAUCAUAUCUACUUACACAAGCAGUCAAGCAGUCAACAAAGAAGAAAUUUCUUUUUCCGGAGACAAAGAGAUACUUCACACAGGAUAGUUUUGCCGGCCGCAGCUUCUCCAGCCCACCCAGUGCCUGAGCACAUAAAGAAGCCAGACUAUGUGACGACAGGCAUUGUACCCGACUGGGGAGACAGCAUAGAAGUUAAGAAUGAAGAUCAGAUUCAAGGGCUUCGUCAGGCUUGUCAGCUGGCCCGUCAUGUCCUCCUCCUGGCUGGGAAGAGUUUAAAGGUUGACAUGACAACUGAAGAGAUAGAUGCUCUUGUCCAUCAGGAAAUCAUCAGUCAUGAUGCUUAUCCCUCACCUCUAGGCUACGGAGGUUUUCCAAAAUCUGUUUGUACCUCUGUAAACAACGUGCUAUGUCAUGGUAUUCCUGACAGUCGACCUCUUCAGGAUGGAGAUAUUAUCAACAUUGAUGUCACGGUCUAUUACAAUGGCUACCAUGGAGAUACCUCUGAAACAUUUUUGGUGGGCAAUGUGGACGAAUGUGGUAAAAAGUUAGUGGAGGUUGCCAGGAGGUGUAGAGAUGAAGCAAUUGCAGCUUGCAGAGCGGGGGCUCCCUUCUCUGUAAUUGGAAACACAAUCAGCCACAUAACUCAUCAGAAUGGUUUGCAAGUCUGUCCACAUUUUGUGGGACAUGGGAUAGGAUCUUACUUUCAUGGACAUCCAGAAAUUUGGCAUCAUGCGAAUGACAGCGAUCUACUCAUGGAGGAGGGAAUGGCGUUCACCAUAGAGCCAAUCAUCACCGAGGGAUCCCCCGAAUUUAAAGUCCUGGAGGAUGCAUGGACUGUGGUCUCCCUGGACAAUCAAAGGUCCGCCCAGUUCGAGCACACCGUUCUCAUCACGUCGGGGGGCGUGGAGAUCCUGACCAAACUACCCCACGAGGCCUGAGGAGCCACCUGAAGGUCACAGAGGCCAGGAGGUUUUUAUCCUAAAUUGUUGAAAUCUAGCUGGAGAACUUUUAAAAGACACAGGCGAACGGCAGUUCACGCAGUAACCAACCUAGCAUUUACUCUUGGAAAAACCCGGUGGGGUUUGGGGGCAGCUGGGAACUCAGAUCUCAAGCCCUGCCUUGGCCUGAGCGGCUUCAGAGGGAUGGAUCCUGGAGCCGGCUCGGCUUCCCAACGCUCCGCACUUCCCAACGCAGGGAAAAGAUUCUGGAGGGGAAUGGGGACGCCCUCGGUUGGAAGAGGAGGGAUUUCUAGAGAUGCAUGGUUUUCGCUUUGCCUUGUCUUGACUCUGACCAAGUAAAAAGCUUUUCCUUCUUAA